AGCAGUCAGCACUAAACAUUUGUCAAAUGUCUUGCGUUUAGCCUUGAGUUGCGGCUGUUGUUAUUUGUAUUAAUAAAUUUUGUAUAUUAUUAUUCACACAAUAAAUAUUAUAGGUAAAUAAAGAUGUGGAUUGGCUUCGCAAAUUACUUGUAAUUUGCGCGAAUUCACUAAAACUCUGUGGUACUGAGAAUAUGCAGGAACAACAAUGGGUCACGAACGCGAAGAACAGUUUUAUCACACAACUGUACAACAUACUUCAGGUCGCUGUGGCAUCAAAAUCUUGCAAAUGUGGCCACACAUUCUUUGCAUCACGCCGUGGAGCCGAUACGCUCCCGCCUGUUGACGAUAUUAGAAGGCGGACUGGUAGGGUAAAAAGAGCUCAGCCACAAUUUUAUGACGCGCAAGAUUAUCAAAAGCAAAAAAGAAAGUCCCCAAAGAAAAGAUCUCUUGAUGAUGAUGAUUAUAAGAAGGACAAAACUGAAUCUGCUACGGCAAGGGCCAGACGUCGCAGGGCUUUACGUAGGGCUACAAAGCGUGUGCCCCAACAAUCAGAACGUACUAGGGACCCUACGCCACAGUUAAGGCCUGCUCAAAUUGCCAGAUGUCAGCUCAUACUAUCAGAGAUUAAUAGAAAAAUGAAAGCUGUUACAUGGCAACCACCAUCAGAUUAGUUAGUAAAUAUGCAAGCAAUUUUUUACUUUUAGGGUUACCAUACACUUUAAAGCAUUUGGUGAUACCACACCAAAAUUGAUUACCAUACAAUUUUUAUAGUACUCCAGUGAGUUUAUAGUCAUAUUUGCUGCAGAACUAGGAUCUUGCAAACAAUAGAUUGAACUACUCUCACAACUGUCACUAAAUUGAUUUUAAAGUAUACCUUCUUGAAUGUUUUCAAAUAACUGCUCUUUAAAACAUCUACCCUUGAUGUUUUAAUAUUAUGAGUUUUUAUUGAUUGUUGAAAGAAUAAACUGGCAUUAAAGCAAAUUUUACUUGAAUUGCUUCCAGACAUUCUAACUUCUCUGUCCCAUUUUACUUUUACUUCAAAUCCUAUUAAUGUAUGUUGUAAUAUGUUAAGCUUUCUUUUGUUUUGUUAAUCAUCCAGUUAAUUAUAUAUCAUAGUUAUUGCAAAACACAUCUUUUAAAAUUCUUUAAUCUAAACAUUCUGUCCUGUGACCAUUGCUGUAAUACUGCGAUUAUCCUAUAGAACCAUCAACUCAAUGAGUAAAUAUAUGUAAGUGGUAAUGAAGAAAACAUGUAAAUACUAGUUAUAUUUGUAAAUAUAUAGAAUAUAAAUAUGUAAUUAAAU